CAGCAGGGCGCUCUGCCCCCCGCACGCCUCGGGAGGAGCAAAACCGCGGCGGCGGCGGCGGCUCUUUGUCCGCCGCGCCCGCGCACCGCUUUCGUUUCCACGCCGAGGAAGGUCUGUUAGAUCGCGGCGCGGCAGCACGUGAUCCCCGCCGAGGAGCCCGUGGGAGCACCUGGGAAGGCGCCGGGCUCCUCCUCUCCGGAUCGGGAAGGUGGUUCAGAAGCAACAGGAUAAGAGAGGUCGCCGCCGCUGCCCGAACCCCGGGGAAGUUUGGCCGCGCUCUGACCGACUGGGGCGGGCAAAGCGGAGACUCUGGGCCAAGCAUGGCUUUUGGAAAGAGCCAGAAGGACCCCUUCGGGACGCCCCUGGGCCACCUCAUAGAAAAGGCUACUUUUGGAGCACUGCAGACAGAAGAGUGGGGCCAGUUUAUGCACAUUUGUGACCUUAUCAACACUAGUGAGGAUGGGCCCAAGGAUGCCAUUAGAGCAUUACGAAAAAGGCUUUCCAAAAACUGCAAUUGUGUCGAGAUUCGUUUUACCCUGUCCCUUCUCGAAAUGUGUAUGCAGAACUGUGGCCCAAGCUUCCAGUCCCUGGUCGUGAAAAGGGAUUUUUGCAAAGAUAGACUAGUAAAGCUGCUGAAUCCAAGGUUCAAUCUACCAGUAGAUAUGCAAGAGAAAAUCUUGACUUUCAUCAUGACCUGGGCCCGAGGAUUUCAGGGUGCUGUGGAUGUGAGUGAAGUCAGAGAGGUUUACUUAGACCUUCUCAAGAAAGGAGUUGAAUUUCCAUCUCUCGAGACCAAGAAGGGAAGCACAAAGCCUCCGACCUCGAAAAAGGCAACAAGGUCCCUCCCCACAGCUGCAAUCAUAACACUGAUUCCUGAACAGAUUGGGAAGCUGUACAGCGAACUGGAUAUGGUGAAAAUGAAUGUGAGGGUUAUGUCAGCGAUACUGAAAGAAAAUGUCCCUGGAUCAGAAAAUCCAGAAGAUAUGGAGCUUCUACAGAAGCUCUACAAGACAUGCCGGGUCAUGCAAGAGAGAAUCAUGGAACUGCUAGGGACUGUGCAGAAUGAAGACGUAGUCGCCGAACUGAUCCAAGUGAAUGAAAAUCUGAAUAAUGUCCUACUAGGACAUGAAAGGUUCUCUCGGAACAGAGUGCGUUUCUUGGAGAAUCAGAGGCUGCAAAACGAACACUCGGUGGUCAAGGGCAACCAGCCAUCUGCUCCUUCUUGUGACUUGCUUGACCUCGGGUCGAAUUUUCCAGCUUCUGUGCCACUGCUUGCGGGGGCCAGCUCUGUGGCUCUCCAACCUUCAGAAUUAAACUGCCAGUCUCAAAGCACAGCUGUCCCAAGCUCUAAUCCCACUCCGCCUCUUUACCCUCAGCUAAGUGCUUCCACUGCUACAAACGCUCUGCAUGCCUCGUUCCCAAUGGAAGCACAAAACACAGGCCAAAGCUUUCCAGGUGGCCACACAUAUAAUAAUGUAAACACAUAUUUAAAUAUAGUGCCUUUGCAUCCAGUAAGCCUUCAAAGUAAUGGUUCAAAAGACACACAACCAGCAGGUAAUUCAAAAAACAUCACAACACCUCCUAAUUAUUAUGAACUAAUAGAAUUUGAUCCUUUGGCUCCCAGUGAUAAAACAGAAGCUAUUUAUGAAGAAAUUGAUGAACACCUCUUCAAGCGAAAUGUUCAGAACAAAAGCAGCUGCUAGAAGCUGAUGUCCAAGAGAACACAUCACAUUUAUCAGUACCAGAGACUAUUAUGUUUGGGAUAGGGAAAUCUAGUUUUCGAAGAUGAUUUGAAUUUAUCAGACCAUUCAAGUGAAGCCAGUUAUGAUCUAAGAUGCCUAUCCUGCAUACUUUACCUAAAGUGCAUUACAUUAAGAGUAAUCAAUCCUGAAGAGUGCAAAGUUCUAUUUGUACAUGCUUUGGACCAAAUUGUAUGAAACUAUGUAUUUUUGUUAUCCAAAAAUGGAUUCUUCCCGGAAGGAUAAUGCCAUAUUAUAAUAGGCAUAUCAAAUGAGCUUGUGCUUAGAUAAAAAGUACUUUAUUUCACAGUGCAUUCUGUUUGGUAAUUAAAGUGAAAUCUUUUCCUAUGAAA